AUGGCUUUCCAAAAAGACGCUAAGUCCUCUGCUUACUCCUCUCGUUUCCAAACUCCUUUCAGAAGAAGAAGAGAAGGUAAGACUGAUUACUACCAAAGAAAGAGAUUGGUCACCCAACACAAGGCCAAGUACAACACUCCAAAGUACAGAUUGGUUGUUAGAUUCACUAACAAGGAUAUCAUCUGUCAAAUCAUCUCUUCUACCAUCACUGGUGAUGUCGUCUUAGCUGCUGCCUACUCCCACGAAUUGCCAAGAUACGGUAUUACCCACGGUUUGACCAACUGGGCUGCUGCUUACGCUACUGGUUUGUUGAUCGCCAGAAGAACCUUGCAAAAGUUGGGUUUGGACGAAACUUACAAGGGUGUUGAAGAAGUUGAAGGUGAAUACGAAUUGACCGAAGCUGUUGAAGAUGGUCCACGUCCAUUCAAGGUCUUCUUGGAUAUUGGUUUGCAAAGAACCACCACUGGUGCCAGAGUUUUCGGUGCUCUAAAGGGUGCUUCUGACGGUGGUUUGUACGUUCCUCACUCCGAAAACAGAUUCCCAGGUUGGGACUUCGAAACCGAAGAAAUUGACCCAGAAUUAUUGAGAUCUUACAUCUUUGGUGGCCACGUUUCCCAAUACAUGGAAGAAUUAGCUGACGAUGAUGAAGAAAGAUUCUCUGAAUUAUUCAAGGGUUACCUAGCUGACGACAUUGAUGCUGACUCUUUGGAAGACAUCUACACUUCUGCUCACGAAGCUAUCAGAGCUGACCCAGCUUUCAAGCCAACUGAAAAGAAAUUCACCAAGGAACAAUACGCUGCUGAAUCCAAGAAGUACAGACAAACCAAAUUGUCCAAGGAAGAAAGAGCUGCUCGUGUUGCUGCCAAGAUCGCUGCUUUGGCUGGUCAACAAUAA